ACCACAUUUUUCCUCCGAAUUUUGUAAACUAUCGGUGGUUUUUACGUGUAAUUGUGAAAAAUAUGGAAAACUAACAUUUCCAAAAUGUCAGACGUGGUCGAAUUGCUCUUUUUCGACACUUUUGCCCACGACAACACCGAGGAGCUAAACUUGGAUCUGGUGCAGUUCCCCAAACCCGUGUAUGUAACCGAAGUUCGUAUUAUUCCUCUGGGGGCUCGGGUCCAAGCGGAUUUCCCCGGUGGCGUCCGCCUGGGGGCUACAAACCCCAGUCAGUUUCAAAUCGAGUUUUUUGUAAAUGAUUUGGGGAAGCCUGGUGCGAGUACUUUUGAGAGUUUAGGGGGGUUCGAGUAUAAUCAAAACGGUUGUAUCAAUUUGAACUGCGUUCCGGAAGAUACUGUUAGAAAAAUACCCACAGAUGGGUUGGUUUUGAGGGGGUGGUACACGACCAUCACCCUAGCGGUUUAUGGUACUUUGACUAAUAACAUUACUGAACAAAUUAUUCAACCUGUUGUGAAUCCGGCUUUACCAACGCAGCCCAAUACUAUAGCAGACGCCCAGCAGAUAAUUUCAGGAAAUAAUAUUGAAAAUGAGUGGAGUCAGGAAAAUAUCACAAGUGUUCCAAUUGAAUAUAAUCAGAAUGCCGCCCCGUAUCAGCAGGGCUAUAAUCAGCCUGAGAAUUACCCUCAGGAAUACAACGAGUAUUAUAGUGAUGUUCCUAAGGACCCUAGGAGUUACCAUCACCCUCCUGAGGGAGAUUGGGACACGAAGGUGAGACCCAGAAGUGGCGAAAAUGACAGGGAUAGAGAGCGGGAUAGAGACAGGGAACGGACCAGGGAGGGAUAUCAGAAGACUGGAAGUACAGAACGCGACCACAGCCGCAACGAGCCCGAAAGGCGAGACAGAGAGCGAGACCGCGACAAAACCUAUCCUCGCUCUCGUAGCCGCGACAGAGACAGGCAAUCACGUGACUACAGUCGUGACGUAAGUCGGGAACGGGAUUGGGAUCGCAAUGACCGGGAAUGGGAUCGUGACCGAACACGAGACCGGGAUCGCGACCGCGAGCGCGACCGAUCAUACAAACACGACGAAAACUACCGAAGGUCGUACAAUAGAGACGAGCGAGAGGAGCGGAAACGGCCGAGGACGCCGCCCAUCCAAUCACCGAAACGGCCACACACUCCGCACGGAGAGCGAAAAGAGCCGACCCCUCCCGAAGUGGAUAGUUUCAGCGAAGAGGAGGAAAGGCGGGAGAAGGAACCGAAGGAUGAAGCCACGGUUAAGAGUCCAGCCAAGGAGGUUGUGACGCCUCCCACUGAAGACACCGCUCAAAUGGACGUCGAGGAAUUCGAGCCGAUUUUGAGCGAUGAAGAAAUCGUCGACGAAGAAAUGGACUAUGAUUUCGGGGCGUACACGAAUAAUGACGAUUUGAUCAAGCUGUUUAUACCGGGGGUCACGAAUUUGCGCAAAUUUGAGACAACUCCAUCGUUUUGUUUCACGAAUGGGGGCUUAAAUGUUGACGAGAAUUUGAAGACAACGAUUGGCAUUGUUGAUGAUUACUUCAAGUCGAGUAUCACUAAAUACGUUCUGGAGGAUUUCACGAAACUUAACACAGAAAUCAAGGAAGAGUUUAUACACUUAUGCGAAAAACUAAUAAAUACGUUUGGUUCAAUUGACCAUUUUCGCGACAUUAUCAAAAUUAAUGUUGCAAUAAAGUCGCGUGAUUUUCGCGAAGAUAAAGAACUGGUCGAGCAAGUUAAUUCGAUCACUUGCACUCUUCUUGAUUGGUUGAAAAUCGCGCUUAGUUACGAAAUGGCGAAUAUUCAAGACCAGCCGGUGUAUAAAAUCCGCCACAUUAAGUGUGGGGUCAGACUGGCAGAAUGGUGUUGCAGCAGCGGAGAAUUUGUCAAAAUUCUCUGGGAGUCAGGUUUCAACAUCCACGAAGUUCUCUUAAGUCUUUACGACCAGGAAUACAUGGCUUUGUCCAUCAAACUAAUGAUAAUCAAGGCAUUGGACACCUAUCUCUUGCACAAAUUUUCAAUCGAAAAGUUCCUCUUGGGUGAUUCUUCGAAUACUUCCAAUGGUUGUCGGGAGAACGGCUUUCACGACUCUUUGACCGUUUCGAAGAACAAUGGUUACAAAACACUGGUGGAAAAACUACGAAAAAAUCCUUCAGUCCGGCUAAAGUUUGCCCUAAAUUCGACUCUCAAGAAGAUUAAUUUGUACGAAGUGUUUCACAAGAUGCACUCCAUUCUCAUGGAAAUGCGCAGUUGUCCAUCCGAGAUCAGCCCAGAUGAUGUGACUCUGAUUACAAAGUGUUUGGAACAAAUUCUGAAUGCCACUCAAAAUGGCCAGUUUGUGUUUUCACAACCGAAACGGUUUCUCCCGGUCGCGGCCCAGUUUGAAAUGAUUCGGACCGAAUCCAAGAACGUCCUAGUCGAAUAUUUCCGAAUGUUUGACGCUCUUCAGUGUUUCUUCCUACUGUUGACUUGCCCCAACACCUUGAAUUUACCAGCGAUUAAAACCCCCAUUUUUGAAAUCCUCUCCGAUCUGUUGAAAACUCCCGAAGGUUUGGAGUAUGUGGUUGAUAACUACCAAACCGUCCAACCCCUGCUCAGGUGCCUCCUCAGAAUGGAUGAGGAAAUGCAAUACCAGGAUUACAUCGAGAUCAAGUCUCAUAAUUUGGGGCUGGAGGCGGCCUACAAAACUGAAGCCGUUUACUAUGUUGAAAGUUUGAAAAGUCUCGAAGGGAAAGAUUACGACUCGGUGGAAGUCGUCGAUCAACUACACGGCCUAUUUUGCUUGACUUUCACUCACAUCGGCCGGAUUUGCGUCGCAGAAGUGUUGGGAAUGCAAGAUAACAUCAAAAGUUUGCUACAGUUCCUGGGGGAAGUACACGCCAAAGACAAGUCCGAAAAUCAGCUAAACAAGAUCAAGAAAUCACCAGGACUCGCAUACAUCGUCGACUUGAUUCACUUCACCGUGACAGCGGUCGCGAACAUACAAUUCCUCGAAACUUACUUCAAGCAGUUGUUUCAGUUGGUGGAACUGCACGAGAUUUUCGAUGAUUCGGUGGGCCAGAAGUUGACCGAAAUCAAGUCGUAUCUGAGCCCGCUGGAGAACGUCACUUUGAGCUAUGACAACAUUUCCCACUUUGUUGAAAUUAUUAAUAAACAAAUUGAUAACGUGACGGCGUUCCCGGGCCAGCUUAUCACAAGCUUGAGGGUGGUACAUUACUUGGGGAUUUCGCCCUACUUGGGGACUUCCCCCAUACUUACGGAGAAUCCCUUAAGUAACUACGUCGAGCUUAAGUACAAGCACGUGAUUCUGCAAUUGUUUUCGCUCGACGGCACGUCGAUUUUGACAAAAUUGUUGCAAAAAAUCUGCGAUCAUUAUCAACAGCCAAGUUUGCAUACCUCAGUGUAUGUGUCCCUGCAGGGCUUCCUCAUCGUCAAUGUGAUCACUCCUUGUGUCGACCUCCUCAAACAAAUGCUCACCUACGUGAUACAGUGCCGCAACACCAACUUCAAAGACUUGACUGCUGUUCCAAUCCUCCUACAGACUUACAGUCUGCUGUAUUCCUUUCCUACGACCUCAGGUGCUUAUAACCAGGCACAGGAGACUUGUAAGGUCAUUAUUGACACUCUUCUGGUCUACACGCAGCCAAUUUCGGACGAAAUCCACGAGAAAGACUCGUUGAAUAAAACGCUAUGGACGCUAAUGUGUGGCGAAGUCAUUAAAUAUGUCACUUCAGCCCCUUAUACAUUCAUUCCCGGCCUGUUGAUAUUAUCCGAGUUGUUGCCGUUGCCGUUACCGAUCCAAACACGAGACAAUCUCUCGGUGGAAGAAGUCACGUGGGCCGUGAAUUUGAGGAAACUGUGGUCGGCUCAUCUACACCCCCACAGUGGAAUCAUCCAAGAACUCAUCAAUAAGCUGUGCACGACUUCGCAUCAACAAUUGUUGAAUCUAUUGAGGAGGGUGUGUGUUCAGUUGGCCGAUUUGGCGGCAAAUUCCGCCGUUAUGAUCGCGCGAGGGAUCCUAGAUUCGGUGUACAAAGCACUGGUGCCAAGUGAGGACAGUAAAGUAGGAAUCUGUAAUAGUUACGUGACCCGCUUGUUGAAUUUCCUGGCCUGCUUGGUUACGCAUAGCACCCUCAAAUGCGCGGUACUUCACUUGAUCCGAAGUUCGAAUAAGAGUGACGAGAAAUAUCCCGGUUUGAUUCAGAUUUUUGGGCAAGUUUUGCGCAUUAAUAAUGGCGGUACCACUCAUAUACAGGCGCAAGAGUGCAUUUUGAGUAUUAUUCAAGUGUUUUGCGACAUUGAGAUUACGCUUCUUCAGAAUCCAAUUGAGAAAGACUUGCCGUCGGAAGUGUAUCUUGCGAAUGCUUUGCCGGUUAAGGAGCAUUUGUUGUGUUUUAUUUCAAUGAUUUUGGAUUAUUUGCAAGUGGAUAAUUCGUUUGUUACGUAUUUGCAAGCCGUGAGGACGCUGCUGUUGUUGACGGAGCACGAUUAUGGUUUUUAUCAUAUGAGGGAACAAAUGAAUAAGAAAUACGAUCUGUUUGGCGUUAUUUUGAAUAAGUUGGCGAAGAAUUUUUCGAAAAAUAAUGCCGAGUGUUUGUCGACUAUGAACACUUUGGUGGAAUUGAUUCGUGUGUGUUCGACGACCGAGGAAGUGGAGGCGGCGCUGUUGUAUACACCGAGGAGAAUGAAGAUGAGUUUAGGGGAAAUUAAGAAUCUUGUAGGCUGGAAGAGCGAGGAGGUGGAGGAAAAGCAUCCUUUGUUCACUUUGGAGGAGAUUCUCAAGAAACUCAAAGAUGAAGACAUCACCUUCGAGAGCAUGCUGGAAGGAGUAAGUGCUGUGGUUAAGUUCCUCCAAUCGGAUUCUCCUGACACUAAGGAGGCUUUAACGGAGCCGAUCUUGCCCGAACCGGAAACUCUCCUCGUCCAGUUUUCCGGUCGGCUCAUUUUCAACAAUUCGGACGUUUGUGACGAAAGACUGACAAUAAGAUAUUGGCUAUCGAUGGCGAAUGACGAAUCCGAAAACGAGAAUGUAUCAUGUGACCUAGCCGAAAUCGCCCGUCAGUAUCUACCCCAAGACUUUAACAUCGCUAAAGAAAUCGAAAAACUGUGUCGAAUCUGUCCCUCAGAUAAUAGCAACGAAAAGGAAAACCAUGAUAACGACCAGAAGACGAAAACGAAGAAACCUUUCAUUACUCCGGUUAGGUCGCGUGGUUUCCCAAGAACUAUUCAGCAGAGGUCGGAUUUGUUCCGUUCAAGGCCGCCGAAUACUUCAAGACCACCCUCGUUACAUGUGGAUGAUUUUGUGGCUUUAGAGACAUGUGGGGCACAGCCAACUGGGCCGACAGGGUAUAAUAAGUUCAGUAGGGAGCUUUUGGCAUCGACUAGGAUUGCGCGGGGCAGUAGAGGGAGAGCUUUCGUUACAUCGGAGCGGUCAGUACAUUGCAGACAAAUGUCUUGGUGGGGUAUGAGCCUCUCCCGGAGCCCCUAUCAGUAAUUAAGUGUACUGUUUUAUGUAUUUAUUAAUGUUCCAAUACAUUUGAUUUCUGUGAUUA